UGGCGCAAGCCUGUAACCCGCACCCUACCUCCCCUCGCUCUCUCCUUUGCUGCCCUUGACACCCGAGUGGGUUUUCCCCAGUAGCUGUUUUCCCAUCACCCUCGCCUUGCUCGUCGUCUUUUGGCAUCAUGGAUCUGGAGAGAGAGAAGGUAUUGUCCGCAGAUAACCAGGAGCACCUCAGCGAGUACCUCUGGGGCUCAGUUGUACCAGCAGACCCCUGCUGGGAUUCCCUUUAUGGGUCGGGGCUGGAGAACUGGGGCUCCUUCCUGGAUGAGGCGGGGAGCGCACAGAGGCUGCCCCUGCUCAUCCAGGCCCUGCUCCAGGCCUACCGCGACCCCUUCGACCGGCUGGGCUGCAGCUUGGAGGAGCCGAGGAGGGCUGGAGAGCUGGACUCUCUGAGGAGCCGGCAGAUUAAGCUCAAGGCUCAGGUGGAGUCAUGCGAGCGGCAGAUUGAGGCUGUGCAGGCUCGGGAGCAGGAGCUACGGGAACAGAACCAGCAGCUGAGAACCACCCUGGGGAGGGAGAGGGAGGAGGUGGCCCGGCUGAAGCUGCUGCUGAGCAGCUGGGGGGCCCAGCAUGGCCACGAGCUGAAGAAAAAGGAGCAGGAGUUGGGGCGUCUCAAGGAGCGGAUGCAGACAGUCCUAGGGGAGCGGAAGGAACGGCGCGGGACCAUAGACAUCCUCAACACCCUGAGCCGUGGAGAUGGCAGACGGGCCACAUGGAGAACCGGGCGACCUGAUGGCAAGAAGGAAGGGGAGCUGCUCCGGACGGUGGCUGGGAAUCUGGAACGGCAGGUGGCCGAGCUGGCCCGGGAGAAUGAGGAGCUGAGGCGGCUGCAGGGCCGGUUGCAGCAGGAAAUGACUGAGUUCCUGGGUGCUUCACAGGAAGACUCUGCUGAAGGGGAGCUGGCUGGUGCUGGGGAGGGUGACACAGUGUGGGAGCAGUGGUGUCACCUCAAAAGUCACAUGGAGAAGCUCAAGGGACAAGUCCCAGAGGGAUCCCCCAGUGAGCACCCAGUGAUCAGCAUCACAGAUCACGAGAAGGAGAUUGCCCAGCUGCGGCAGGAGAUCAAGCAGAGCAGAGAGCUUAUCUCGUGGCAACAACUCUGUCUCCAGGAGCAGCUGAGCCAGGGGGAGCUGCCAACCGCGCUCCGGGGCUCCUACUUCCUUGAGGAGCAGCAGAGGUUGCAGGAGGCCCGGGCCCUCUUUGCCCAACAGCAGGCUCACUUUGCGGUGGAGAGGCACCGCUUCACGGAGGCGGCCAUCCGACUAGGGCAUGAGCGCCGGCACUUUGAGGUGGAGCGGGCCCUGUUUCUAAAGCAACAGUUUCUCGGGGGCCCCAUGCCUGGCCCAGCUGCAUCAUCAGAGACCUUGUCACCUGGCCUGGCCCCCCCUGAGGCCCAGGCCCCAGAAAUGGAGCCGGGUCCAUCGUGCCCUCCUCCUCCUCCUGCUGCUGCUGCUGCAGCUCUGCGAAUGAGAAGCAGCAGCCCAUCUGGGCGCCUUUCCGUGGGUACUCCCAAGGGAGCAGAGCUUUCUGCACUCCUCCAACAUCUUCCAGGGGGCAGGCUUCCCCUAGGCCGCCCUGGAUCCGUGGCUGGGGGCAACCUUCGCCUGCCCUGGAGCAUCCUGCGUGGUGGGCCGUGACCCCAGCGCCUAAGCAGGGACUUGGUGGGGGUUUUUCGGUUUCUGGUUUUUAUUUGGGGAGGCCGUUUUUGGCAGCCCGCCCCCGGGCCCUCUGUACCCAAUAAAGAGA